AAUUUGGUAUCUUUGCUCUCCUAGUACAAAGCGAACAGAGAUUCCUGCACUAAAACCGCGGACCGUUGUCCGAGGAGCCGCCGAGCACCAUGUGGCGAACUUCAUCGCCGAUCACCGCCUGGCUAAGCCACCAUUUCCGACCGGAGGAUCACCCGUUGUGUGACCGCCACUUCGAUCCCUUCUCUGCCUACGCUAAUAGCGAGCCGCGGGUGAAGCUGACUGCCGAAACUCAGCCUCCGGCGUCGGAUUCCGAUGCGUUCUGGCCGGAGAGGAACCUUAACGGCCCGAUUCUGCCUUCCCCGGAAGCUAUGCAGGGAUCUGCCUUGGUGGAAUGGCGUCGACAGAAUGCCAUUCGGCUCGAGGAGAAGGAGAAGAUGGAGAAGGAAAUGGUGAAGAAAAUAAAGGAAGAAGCUGAGGAGUACAAAGCAGAGUAUAAUAGGAAAUGGAUACUUAGGUGUGAGAACAACAGAGCUGCCAACAGGGACAAGGAGAAGUUGUUCCUCAACAGCAGAGCGAAGUUCCAUGAUGAAGCUAGUAAGAAUUAUUGGAAGGCAAUUGCAGAGCUCAUACCUGGUGAAGUUCCGGCUAUAGAGAAGAAAGGGAAGAAGGGGCGGGACAAGAAACAGCCCUCCAUUGUUGUAGUCCAAGGGCCAAAGCCCGGGAAGCCAACCGAGCUUUCUAGGAUGCGCCAUGUACUCGUGAAGCUCAAACAAAACCCGCCUUCACAUAUGAAGUCUUUACAGUUCAAACCCGAAACUGGAAACGGGAAAAGGACUGGUGCAGCACCUCCUCCCGCUAAGUCUGCAGGAUGGUAAACUUUGUAUAUGAUGAAGCAAUAUGUGCAAAAAAGAGUGAAAAGACCAUCUUCUUGUCUGUAAAAUCUUCUGCUUUCUUGACAUUUUGCCAGUGUAUAUCAAGAAAAUGUAGCCAUCCUAUACCCUGGCAGAUGUAAAUUGUAUAUGCAUAUGUUUCUAUAUAUGUAGCAUUGGUUUUCUGUAAAAUCGAAUAUAAACAAAGUGGAAAA